AGAGGGAAAAACACUCCAUCCCCAGUCCGUCCCUCAUCCCUUUUUUCGCAUAGCAGCAACUAUUAGGGAUGCUUCGCAGCCCUCCUCAUAUUCUGCUAUCUCGACACAUCCGUCCCUAGUCGCCGUCAUGGCCGAGAAGCGUAAACUCACCGCGCGCGAGCGUCGCGAACCCGCCGCGAAGAGACGAGCCUCCGAAGCACCAACUCAACCUCCGUCCAAAAAGAAAGCCUCAACUCCUAUUGUUGCUGCUGCCCCUACUCCUCCUCCGCCGCCUCCGCCAGAGCCUGCUCAGGAUCCCUUGCCCACCAAGAUCAAGGAUGGAGAGGGUCUACCGGUGGUGGCAGCACCACAGCCGGAGACCCUCUCGGACAAGGAGUAUCAGUCGGUUGCUGAAAGUGCGGUUCUUCUAGCCUCCCUGGAACGGUCCAAGAAGAAAUGGCUUAGCGAUGGUAUUUUGGUACGAUAUUGGACGAAGCCAAAGAAGACAAAGAGGGAACAGAUUGAAGGGAAAAACCCACCGAAAGAGUCCAUGUCGAAAAUUGGGCCUUGCAACAUUGUGGUUGGGCCUCAUCUCUUCGACGCGAUGCUGUACACCGUGAAGGACCCAAAUGCGCCGCCUCCCAUUCAAUACACUCCCCCUCAGCGGCCGAUGGUCCAUUACGGCCCUCCCAAUAACUUCCAGCAAUACCAUCCAUAUCCUCAUCCAGCCCCUACUCCGCAUGCACGACAGUCCCAUCCUCAUCCUCCCCCACCGACACCUCAAUACUCUCCUGCUCAGGCCGGACCCCCUCAACCGGGUUACCAGCCAGGGAAUCAACCCCCGCCUCCUCCUAAUCAGCCUAGAGCUCAUCACCAUGCUCCUCCUCAUCAGCAGCCUUCGACUCCCCAAAAUGCUCAGCGGCCUCCACCGUCACAACAUGCUCCACCUCAGCCUCCCAAACCCAGUCCAGACCCGGUCAUCCAAAUGCUUGCUACCAGAGCUGCUUCGGAUCCCGAACUUAAGGCAUUGAUGAGAGUGGUGGCAUCGAGUAAAGCAUCACAGGAACAGCUUCGAGCAUUCCAGGCACACAUUGAUGAGCUUAAUGCCAUCAUUAGAGCGAGGGAACAGCAGCAGCAGCGACAACAAGCGCAAACAUCUACAACCGCUCAGCCACCGGCAGGACAGCAACAAAAACAGCCAACGCCGUCACAAAAAGUCCCGGAACAACCACAAAAGCCAGGUACGCAGCAAGCUUCGACUCAGCAAACGCCUCAGUCACAACCUCAACAAAAGUCAACUCCACAAUCUAAACCACAGCCACGGGUGGAGGUUCAAAUCCCUAAGCCGUCAUCAUCUACAAAUCCCUCGCCUGGAACUCCCAAGCAGAACCCAGGCAAUCCGCCCCAAACACCAAUUACGCAGAACUCUAAUGCAACACCACAAGUGAAACAAGAACCCGGUGUAGCUCCUCCAAGUUCUACUCCAACGACCCAGGCGCCACCUUCAGAGACAAAACCUCCAGCAACUUCAACCCCUGGUGCUGCUGCCGCAGGUCCGCCGCCGUUAACUCCUGCUGCUGGUCCACAAACAAAGCAGCCAAGUCCUGCAGUACGACCCAUGCCCCCUCCUCCCCCACAGCAGGCGGCAGGGCAACGUCCAGGACCUCCAUACCCCCCUUAUCAACAGCCACCGUAUCAAGGAGCACAUCCGCCUCCAAUCCAGUCUCGCCCGCCGCAAUAUGGCUCACCGGCACCAUAUUACCGCUCGCCUGCACCCCCACCGCCCCCAAGGCUCAACUACAAAUCGGUAGUCUUUGAGUUCACAUCGCCGCUCACGCCAUACGGAAGCAGCACCUCGGGGCAUGCGGGCUCUGGAGAUCGUUACCUCUUUCCUGAGUAUUCGAUAUUGGAAUGGCUUCCGGGAGGAAAUACCAUGCUUGCUUCCUUCUUGCUCGUUCGAAAGGUGGACCCGAACGCGCCAUUUCCCAUAGAAACUGCGUCCGAUACUGCCAACCCACGGGCCAAGAAGGCGGCAUCCAAAUCCAAAAAGGGCAAGAACAAGGACAAGGACAAGGACAAAGCGGCUGACGAGGCAAAGGAUAAAGAUAAGGGAGCAGAAAAGAAAGGAGAGAAGGAAAAGGCAAAGGACACCAAACAACUUACUCCAGACCAGGAUACUCCUGCUGCCGAUUCCAAACCAGCUCCGACCGAGGGGGGUGACAAACCACCAGCCGACCAGGCCGAGAAGAACAAGCAGACAGCGGCAACCCCGGGCAAAGAAGACACGGGCAAGCAGCCAGAAAAGGACAAGCCGGAAGAGGUGAAGAAAGAAUCCAACUUGAAAGAGUAUUACCAGCCGGUCACUUUCCGCAUCUACAGCGCCAACCCGAAAGUCCUGGAGCCAUUAAGUCGGGUUGUAAAGCCUCCAGAAGAAGUACGCAAAUACAUGAAUGAAAUCAUGGAUCGAGCGGAACGCGCGCCGGAUGGCUUCUUGGCGUAUCGUCUUCCUCGGGAAAGGGAAGAUGACGAGAAUGAAGUAGAGGGCAACAAGAAGGGCGACACUCCUGCACCCCCGACCAAUGUUGGGGGCCGCAAUCGACCGUCUAGAGGGAAAGCAAUCGAGGAGGACUCAGGUGCUGAGAAUACAGGAAUGGAAGAGGAGGAAGAAGAGGAAGAGCUGAAAGACUUUUACGGACCUCCUACCGGGCUUACUCCCCUGGGGAUUUAACGUUUUCUAUAAUGAACUGUGCCACUCUUGUGUGCCCCAGUUGCUAUUAUUUUAGCCAUGAUCUUUCUUUUUAAAUAUUGUAACAAUAUAGAUGACUUAAACCGAAAUGACUUGGUUGAAUCUUGCUCACAGAUUAAUAGAUAGCUUCAAAACCGCCAAGGUAUCGCUAUAUCCUCCGAACCAAAAAAAGAAAUAAAUAAAAUACAUUUUGCUACUAGAAAGAGAUCCAAAAAGCUCACCCCAAAUCCGCGAACCAGCCUCCUUCCUAUAAGGUGGAAGCUGCACGGUGGGCUACGAAAUCCCAGCAGUAGGGAUAUUCGACGAACCCCCGG